GCCGCCGCGGGCCGCCCGCGGGACCGUUAGCUCGCGGCCGAGGGCGGCGCGGCGGCCCCGCGGAGAGACAUGGCGCGGGACUGCGCCGCCCGCAGCCUGGACGGCAUCGACCUGGCGGCACUGCGGGACCCUGCGGGAAUAUUUGAACUGGUGCAGGUUGUUGGAAAUGGGACAUAUGGACAAGUCUAUAAGGGUCGCCAUGUUAAGACUGGGCAGCUGGCAGCAAUCAAAGUGAUGAACGUUACUGAGAAUGAAGAGGAAGAAAUCAAGUUGGAGAUAAAUAUGCUAAAGAAGUACUCUCAUCACCGGAAUAUUGCUACAUAUUAUGGUGCAUUUGUAAAGAAAAGUCCUGCAGGCCAAGAUGAUCAACUCUGGUUGGUGAUGGAGUACUGUGGUGCAGGCUCUGUCACUGACCUGGUGAAGAAGACAAAAGGGAAUUGUUUCAAGGAGGACUGGAUCGCCUACAUCUGCAGAGAAGUUCUCAGGGGCUUGGCACAUCUUCAUGCUCACCAUGUUAUCCAUCGAGAUAUUAAAGGACAGAAUGUUCUUCUCACAGAAAAUGCAGAAGUAAAACUUGUGGAUUUUGGUGUAAGUGCUCAACUGGAUAGGACUAUUGGGAGAAGAAACACAUUUAUUGGCACACCGUAUUGGAUGGCACCUGAGGUCAUUGCUUGUGAGGAGAACCCAGACUCUACCUAUGAUUACAGAAGUGACCUGUGGUCUCUGGGAAUUACUGCUAUUGAAAUGGCCGAAGGAGCUCCUCCCCUGUGUGACAUGCACCCCAUGAGAGCGCUCUUCCUUAUCCCUCGGAACCCGCCCCCGAAGCUGAAAUCCAGGAAAUGGUCAAAGAAAUUCCUAAACUUUGUUGAAAGCUGCCUUGUAAAAAAUUACUUGCAUCGUCCAUCCACUGAAACCUUGCUGAAGCAUUCCUUCAUCCGAGACAUGCAGAACGAACGGCAAGUGCGCAUCAUGCUGAAAGACCACCUGGACAGGACCAGAAAGAAAAAGGGAGAAAAGGAAGAAACGGACUAUGAUUACAGUGGAAGUGAGGAGGAAGAUGAUGAACUGAAUGAAGAUGAAGGAGAACCAAGCUCCAUAGUUAAUCUCCCGGGGGAGUCAACUCUCCGCCGUGAGUUUCUGAGGCUGCAGCAGGAGAACAAAAACCGUUCUGACCCUCAUCGCCAGCAGCAGCAGCUGAAGGACCAGGAGAAAUACAAGAAGCAGCUACUGACAGAGCGGCAGAAACGGAUCGAGCAGCAGAAAGAGCAGAGGAGAAGGCUGGAGGAUCAUCAGAGGCGAGAGCUGGAGCUACGAAGGCAGCAGGAGUGUGAGCAGAGGUGGCCAGAGGCUAAGGCUGUUCAGAGGAAAGAGGAGAGGUGUAAAGAAGACAAAAGGUCUGUGGAAGAUGAAGGGUUCAUAGUAGAUGGACAGAGGAAAUUGGAAAAGAAGCAGAAGGUAGAAGAUGUGCAGCACACCAGGAAGAUGCAUCGAACUCUCCCCAAAGAUCAGACACAGCUGCUGUCUCUCCAGCACGACCACAGGCAGAGGAAGGAGCUGUCCAAAAGCUCAAAUUCAGCAGCGCAUCCUCUGGCAAACAGCACAAGCAAAGAGGCUGAGGAUCAAAACCAGAAAAGUGGCAGCAUCCAGCCUUGCUUGCAGUGGUCAGCAGUGCUGGGGCACGAAGCCGUGCCACAUGCCAGGAUGGGAUCUGGCAGCAGUUCCAGCCCCUGCACCCCUGCGCCCCAGAGAGCCGUGUUGGUACAGUGUGAAAAUUUCUGGGCUAGUAAGGAAGUGUGCCACGGCAGUUCACUGUCAGAUAUGGUGACGACCCCGCUCAGCCCCGUGCAGGAUGAUGUGUUCUGGAGUGUGAGUCAAAACGAAGAACAACCCCCAAAGGUUCCAGAGAGGACAACCUCUAAAUUUUACAGCAGGGAUCAUCCUGGCCAUUCAAGAUGCCUUUCAAGUAACACUCAUCAGUCAUCCCCCGGGGGACAUGCUCUGAAGCUAAACAGCAGCAGCAGCACUCCGGGCAGCAAGCAGUGGGAGAUGGGAUCUCAUCAGAGCAGCCAGUCAGCCUCAGGGAAUCCAGGACCAGCCAAGGCAGAGAGCACUUUGUCCCAGAACCACUUGCAAAUGCAUAAGUCUGAAAAAGUUUCUCAUCCAGGCCAGAUUCCAAGUCCAGGCUCAUUUGCCAAGGGGAAAGACAGUGCCAACUCACUCUUAAAAGCAGCAGACUAUUCCUCAUCAAGUGAUGAAGUCAGCAGCAGCAGCAGUGAUGAAGAUGACAUGAACCACACAAGGCAACUGCUGAGCGGCAGAGUGGCAGAUUUCUCAAGGACGAGAGUACCAGAUGGAAUUGAACUGAAACCCCAAAGCACUGUCACAGAACAGAAGGAUCAGAUUUUAGGGAAACAAAUUUCUAGCACCCAGGAAGGCCUCUGGAACAUAAACAACCAGAACUAUCUCCUGCCAGAUCUCCUGCAGCAAAGCCAAAUUUCAGACUCCUCUGUGAACCCACCAAAAGUGCCACUGACUAGCCAGGAACCUCAGAACAAACCUCUGAAUAAGACCCCGUGCACAGAGAGCACACCUUCCAAGAGCAGUACAUCAUCUACAACGUCAUUUACUUCAUUCAUAGACCCUAGACUUCUGCCAAUCACCCCUCCCACCAGUCCAGUAGGUCCUUCCUGUAGUUCUCCAUCCAGCGCAAAAGCUGAGCCCGUCAGGAGAGAAAACGCGAGGAAGGGCUCUGUUGUCAACGUCAACCCAACGAAUAUCCGCCCACAGAGCGACAGCCCAGAAAUUCGGAAGUACAAGAAGAAAUUCAACGCAGAGGUCCUUUGUGCUGCUUUGUGGGGAGUAAAUUUACUGGUGGGAACAGAGAAUGGACUGUGGCUGCUGGACAGAAGUGGGCAAGGAAGAGUUUAUUCACUGAUUACAAGGAGACGAUUCCAGCAAAUGGAUGUUCUGGAAGGACUCAAUGUGCUAAUUACUAUAUCAGGGAAGAAGAAUAAGUUGAGGGUGUAUUACUUGUCAUGGCUGAGAAAUAAAAUCCUGCGCAAUGACCCAGAGGUGGAGAAGCGGCAAGGCUGGGUGUCCGUGGGGGACCUGGAAGCCUGUGUACACUACAAAGUUGUAAAAUAUGAGAGAAUCAAAUUCCUUGUAAUUGCUUUGAAAAACUCAGUGGAGGUUUAUGCUUGGGCCCCAAAGCCUUAUCACAAAUUCAUGGCUUUUAAGUCCUUUACCUCACUUCAUCACAAACCACUGUCAGUUGACCUGACCGUUGAAAAUGGACAAAGAUUAAAAGUCAUCUAUGGCUCACUAGUAGGCUUUCAUGCUAUUGAUGUGGACUCUGGAUCUGUGUACGACCUGUACCUUCCAACACACAUCCAGGGGACUAUUCGCCCACAUGCCAUUAUCAUCCUCCCGAACACCAGCGGAAUGGAGCUCUUACUCACCUAUGAAGAUGAAGGCAUCUACAUUGAUAUAUAUGGGCAUUUCACAAAGGAGACUGUUUUACAGUGGGGAGAAAUGCCAGCAUCUGUAGCUUACCUUCAAUCUAAUCAGGUGAUGGGCUGGGGAGAGAAGGCCAUUGAACUCCGCUCUGUGGAAACAGGCAAUCUGGAAGGAGUGUUCAUGCACAAGAAAGCACAGAAGCUAAAAUUUCUAUGUGAAAGAAAUGACAAGGUGUUCUUUGCAUCUGUACAAUCAGGAGGCAGCAGUCAAAUAUACUUUAUGACUCUUGGUCAAAACAUCCUAUUCAACUGGUAAAUCACAGCAACAUGAAGAAUGCUUUGAAAUUGCCUGUAGGUAACAGUGUCAAAUGCUUGGAGGUAAUACACAGAUUUGCACCUUUUACCUACAAAAACAUUGUCAUUAUUAACUUAGCAAAGAUCAUAUUCUUUCAGUUUGGAAAGAAUUCCAUUUUCCUGUCAGAGUGUUGCAAAUGUGUUUAGCUUGUCUUCUAAAAUAUGUUGCAAACCGAGAUUGUAUUUACAGUAUUAAGAGGUAACAACUUUAAUGAAGAAUGUAGCCAAUAUAGGAAGCUCCUGUACUCUGAAAAGCGUGCAGUUCCAUUAUCACAGAUGUCAUGUUGUUCUCUUGUUUGGACAGUAACAUCAGUAGAUAUAAAAACACAAACGAGUUGGGUGACAAAUUGGAAUUGACUUUAUUAUACGUUGGGUUUUGUAUUUUAAGCUGUUCCCGUUUCACCAAGACUCACUUGUCUGAGUCUUGCAGUCGGUGGGAAAGCGGCUUUGGGUGAUGUGGCCCAAGGGGGCCAGGGCCACUGGAGGGGCCUAUCCUGUGCUGAGCAGACAGGUGCCUUUCACUGCAGGCUGUACAAGCAGCCACUUCCAAACGUGUGCCCCAUCUGGUAGGUUUUACAAAAUGCAGGGGAAAGGCCAUGCUUCUCUCAGGGCUGGAUGCCAGAGCCCGAAGACACACUUACUGUAGAAUGUAUUUGUAAAAAUAGUUUAAAUAAUAGUUUGUCAGAAUCCUGUAUGCAGAAAGCCCUCUGGGCCUGAACCCCUACCUUCUGUUCAGCCAUGGGACCCACAUUCGGAUGAGUUGAUUGAAAGGCACUACCCCUGUAGAUAAGGGCAUGGGAUCAGGCACCUUCUUUUCUUCCCUUCUUGCUCCUUCAGCAUCGAGUCUUCAUGUAUUUGUGUGUAAAUACAAUCUUUCCAAAAUGGAUGUUAAGAUUAACAAAUGUAUUCUUAAUAUAGUUCUGAAAAUAUCCAAAGAAUUAAUCUAUUAUAAACAGAAAAUAGAAAUAAUUUCAGGUGCUUCCUAUGCUAAUUACAUCUAAAUAAAGCUGCAUCCACCAGUGUUAUUGGUGCCAGUGUUUCUGCAUAAACUCUGUUCUCAGGGGCUUGUGACUCAGCCAUAAAAUUAUAUAGAUAUAAUAUAUAUAUAUAUAUAUAUACCCUAUAUAUAAUCAUAUACUAUGAUGAAAUUGUAUGGUUUAAAGCAAUCCUCAUUUAACUGAUUUUUGGAUAUGCUUUGAAAAUGUAAAGCAUCAAAUGUAAUACAAAAGAACUCAUUCCAGACAUGAUAGAGGAUGGAUGAUGCUGUAGGCAAAAGUGAAAUCCCUAGCUACAGUGUUUGAAAACAGAUUUUUUUUUACUUGAAAUACUUGAUCCUGAAAGGUGCAGGGAAAGUGUGUUGGAAUAUCUGGUCGUCUACCUCAAGGAUGAUGAUUCAAAGUCGACUAUGAAGGGGAGAAAUCACGUUGUUGAAACUGGUGGCUGUUUCGUGGGGUGUCAGGCCAGGUUUGGUGUCAGCAGCUGUGCUGUGACUGUGAGCUGCUCCCACUGCAGCCACAGCUCCAGAACUAGCAGCAGAGAAUCAACCUCGGGGCUUAUCGCCCUUCCCCGCUCCCUCAGGCCGGCACCCCUGCUGCUGAGGGCAGAGCCGAGACGCCACCGCUGUUGCUGUGUCCUCUGGCUCCGGGGAAGGCUGCACUUGCCAAAGUUACUCACCUGGCACUUUUCACGAGCACUCACUUAUCCCAAAAUGCAGACUGGUUUUUUAUGAAGUGUUUUCCUUUGAAAUGUUUUAAUGUACAAAAAAAUAAGCAUAAAAAUAUGGGCAGUUGAUACUUAAAGUGUUCUUAAUGUGUGCAAGUAAUGUGUGCAAGUAAUCAGCUUGUGUGCAAACUUAGCAUCUGUACUGUGCUCGGGCAGGCCUGUGUGAAAACAAGAGGCCUCUGUCUGUCUGUAGUCAUGUUCCUACCUGUUGCCAAUGCUGGGACUGGGGCAAAUGAGCAAAACACGGCUUGGCUCCCUAUGCUACUGAACACUGGGCUUGUUCUGUUCAGCUUUCACCAAAAAAACCCAAAUCCAAAACCAAACAAACCCAAACCUGUGACAGAAAGUGAUGAAAGCUACCGUUACGGGCAAAAUAUGAUUUGCAGAUAAUCAGAAAUACAGCUUCUGACUUCACAUAGUCUGAGAGACUGUGAAGAAAGAACAGCUUUCAUUAUGCACUCAGCAGGUGUACAACACUUGCUUGCAAAACUGCUUGUGCUAGAAGCAAUGUGUGAUCCAGGCUGCCCUAUAGUAUUUUCUUAAAGUGUGCUUAUCUCAGCACCCUCUGCAUUACGUGGGACGCAUGGGAAACUUUUCCCUCUCCCAUUUUGGUGUCAACAGGUAGGAGGCAGACUUCUCCUCAUGCUAGGCACUAGUUGACAAGAACUUGGCAAAGAACAGCUGGAAUUUAGAACAGCCAUAUCAAUAGAUGAAAUAAGCAAAUGUGAUCCAACUUGUUUAAUGUUAUUGUAACAGAAAAGUGUGACAGUAAGUUGACACUGUAAUGAUGUUUAGCUACAGACCAAGGGGGGGAACGUGCACUGGUACAUUGAGACUGAAAUUUGUCAUUGUUUCCUUUUAUUAGCACUCAUUUCUUUCCAUCUGUGAUUUAAGGCAGUAGGCUGUAUUUUCAUCUGUCACUCUGCAUGUAAAAAACAUUGGAAUUAUUGGGGUUACAUCCACAUGUAAAGAGGGGAAGAACGAGGCCCUUAGAGGUGAAUGCUUUUAAAGGAUGACAAGUGGUAUUGCAAAUUGCAACUGGAUACAAGAAGACUGUGGCAUUUUCUCUUUAUCAAGAGAAAAUCAGAAUGGUAGAAGAUGAGAGCCCAGAGAUGUUAAUUAAAUAGAUGAGAGUGGAAGUGACUGAAGAGGAAGGAAGAGCUGUAGAAAAAGGAGUAGCCACAGGGGAGGGAGUGGAUGUCUGGAAGAGUGUAUCACUGAAGGAGGAACGAGAAGAAAGUUGAGAGAUGCUGAAGGAAAAUAAAGUAACCAAAGAAAUGGAAAGGUGUCUGGAGUGACCAGGUGGCCUAAACAGUGAACAGAGAGGAUUCAGAAUAAUUGUUUAGCCUAAAGCAAAAGUUGAAAGAAUGGGAAGAAAAAAAGAAAUCCAGAGACCCAAGUUUAUCCUGACAUAAUGAUAACUAUGCAAACUGUGUAUCAGAUUGGUAUCCCAUUGGUUGAGGUGCUUCUCUAGCUGUACCCUUUCAAUGACUUUGAAAACCAGAGACUGAACUGCUUUAACUGUGCUUUUUUUAGUGAUGCCACUUUGAUGUGAAUAAAUGCUGUAGGGGCAGAAGGGCAGAACGUUAAGGAUCCCUGUUAGAAAGCCUCUGGUACAUGGCAGGUGGUGCUCCUAAUGUUACAUCUGCCAACCAAGACUGCACUAAUACAGCGAGAGAGCAUUGUAUGUGCCUGCUUUCUUUUUAGGAAUGGUGAAUUCUGCAGCCUGAACCUUGACACAUGACUUCAAAACCUCGGAACACGGCCAGCUCUGUACUGUACAUUAUGUAUUGUUCCCUAAUGUUGAAAAUGUACAACUCAGUAAUAAAAAAUACUCUGAAAAUCAAAA